CUUUUCGGCUGAAACUAAACCUCAACCUGCUCCAGACGACGCCCUAUAGCCCAUGAGAUUCCCGAGUUCUCCGCGCGCCCGUUUCGCACAAGCCGAAGCCGUCGGGUUCUCAUUAUAACGUGAGGCUGCGCGCGAGAGCUGGCAGCCGCGUCACCUCCACCAUAUCAGAAAAAAAAAAAAGAAAAAUAAAGGAGGAGGAGGAGAGAGGAGGGGGUGUUUGGGGGCUUUCUAGAAAUUAAUAAAUAUUAAAACACCUAGUUUGGAAGACUUCUGUGGGAAGAAAGGGGACCUGCAUCUGAGAUGGCUGAGGUGUCACAAGAGGAGAGACUCCAGGCCAUCGCUGAAAAAAGGAAGAAGCAGACAGAGAUUGAAAACAAGAGAAGGCAGCUUGAUGAUGAUCGACGGCAACUUCAGCAUCUUAAGUCAAAGUCAUUGAGGGAGCGCUGGUUGUUAGAUGGAGCUCCAGCAGAAGAGGAGACACAGAGGCGUCUGCAGGAGGAUGAGAUGAAGACCAAGCUUCUGGAGCAGGUCAUCCUUAGGCUGGAGCAAGAAAUCGAAGAAUUGGAGACUGGUGUCCCAGCUAAUAAAGGUGUGGCCAAAGAAAAUGGUGAGAAUGGAGUAGUGCAGACCUCUGGCCAGACCCCGAAAAGAGAGGUGACAGGGGUGGAAGCCAAGCUUCUGGGCCCCAGUCCUGACCAAGCCAGUGAGAACAACCCAGUCACUCUGGUGUUCAUGGGCUACAAGACUGUCGAAGACGAGAAGGAGAUGCACACGGGCAUGGAGGGCGUGGACGGCAACGUGAAGGCUGAGUUCGUAGUGAUUGAUGAUGGCGAGGGGAAGGCGGCGGAUGCAGCCACGGAGGAGCAGGCACCGCCUAACGGCAGCAUGGCGGAGAAAGAGAAGGCCAGCGGAGAGGAGGGAGAAAAGGAGAAGGAGAAGAAACAGACCUGCAAGUGCUGCACUGUCAUGUGAGAUAUGUGUGCCUGUUUAUCGGUGUGUGUGUGUGUGUGUGGGUGUGUGUGACUGAAUGCGUAUGGGUGAGUACACACCUGCACCCGUGCAGAGCUGUGGGCCAUUGCAUGAGUCCCUAUUUGCAAUCGUAUGUAGCUUUUGUGUUUGUGUGAAAGUGUGUGUCAGGACUGAUUUACAGCUACACAGUCAAUAUCCCAACAAUGAGAGCCGAAACGAGCUCCAGCUCCAAGAACCACAAAGACUCAUAAGUACACUUACUCUAUAUACUUUCUCUGUAUUUUGACUUUUGAUUUCUAUUGAUAUUUUUCUAUUUUUCUGUCUUGACCUUUCUAUCGUAGCCUACUUGUGUGUUUAUCCUUAUUAUGAGACUGUGUACCGUAUGUUCAUUGUUCUUAUUGUUUAAAAAAAGAAAAUGUAUGAGCUCUCUGGAUUGUACUGCAGCCAAACUGGAAACAUUUCUGGAAAAACAAAAUCCAAAACAACAAACUAUGAAGGACACAGAUACUUAAAUAUAUAUAUAUGUCUCUGUGUAGGCCUACCAACUAUUUAUCAGUCAAUUUCAUAUUGCAAUAUUGUCUAAGAUAUUAUUUUGAAUAGUAUUUUAAUAUAUUGAUAUGAAAUUAUGUUUUAUACAAUGUAUUUAUUGCUUUGGUUCUAUGUGUCACCCCCCCUCCCCAACAUCACCUGCAUGUUAGGCUAGUAAGUGCCACCAGAUUAACACUCUUUAACAAGUGUCUGUGCUUUCUUAGACUCAUAAGUGCUCAUAUCUUUAGUCACACACAUUUUUCUGUCGCUUAUGGUUAAUUAUACAUGCAGUGUUCAAGUAAUGCAUCAUGCUUAAGAAGAAACAUGGCGAAGACGCCCAUAGAGUCAUGUUACAGGUCACUUUAUUUUAAUACUGGAUAUAGCGUGCGGCACAUGUACAUGGGGAUCACUGCUUUUACAACAGAUUAGAUUAUUUGCACCAUAACACAGUCUUUCCAAAGGUGUAUAGUUGGGGCCACGUGAAUUGGAAGCCCUCAUAAUAAUAAAUUUGGCUUUUAGUGCAUUAGCAUUAUCUCACCCUGAGAUUUCUAAAGCAAGAAUCAAUGUGGGUAAAAGUAUUCAGUGUGGCAAAUGAUUGUAUUUAAAGCAGUUAUUUGCCACCAGGACACCAAUCUGCUGAAGCAUUUCACAAGGUUGCAACAGCAAUGAGGGAGAGGGACCCGGAGCCACUCGAUCAGGGGUGCCUUGUGCAGCCUAUGGGUCAUUUGGAACCCUUGAAAUGAUUUCGUGGGGCACCUCGGAUCAAUUUGACAUUGAUACAGAUUUACCAAAUCUCCACAGAGGUUUGAUGCAGAUGGACCGUGUUGCCUUUUAUUUUCUAGAUUGAUCAAGUUGUUCGGGUUUCGUUUUAAUGUUGCAAUUAAUCAGACUACAAACAAGCAACGAUUUUACUCAGAAGCAAACUUUGGUGUACCCUCUCAUUUGAAAUAGAGGCCCCUGCUGAGAAUACAUUAAAAUUUGGAGUAUUUUUAGUGUCUUUUUAUUUUACUCAGGCAAAUAUGUGGAUCCCUUUGAUGGGUCACAUCUGCUAUGAUUUACAUAUUUAUUUUCUACCUGACUCCUUUAAAGCUCCAAUAAUUUUUUUUUUUUUUUUAGGCGGUUAAAAAAAAAAACACUCACAUUUAAAGUAGGUUUACAAGUUUAUAUUUGUAGCCUAAAUAGACUCUAAAGUUCAAUAAUUUGCCUUCAUGAUAUAAAAAAAAAAGAUAGAACAGCACUGCUCUAGAUCAUCCAGGGUCCUGCGUCUCUACAUUUACCUCAUCUGUUUUCCACAGACAGUGUGAUGUCUAAAUGAGCCAUUUUUGUGUUUUUUUUUUUUUUUUUUUUUUUUUGUCUUUAUCAUUUUAAAAGAUCAUUGAUGACCAUUUUUUAUUUGCCUAGUGGAGUGCAGCAAAUUUGUACUGAAACCAUUUUGGAAUUUUUUGCUGCAAGAAGGUUCCCAUGGUUUCCUGAGGACAUUCCCCUCAGCAUUAUUGAUUCUCCACCAUACUUGACAGUGGGCAUGACGUGUGUUUCCACACAUUUUCUAAACCAAACCCCCCCGGAGCCUUUGUUGCUAAGAAUUGGUUUCUAAUCUCAGUAGAAUUCAGCUGAUCCAUGUCUACAUUUGUGAUCUUGGGACAGAAACUUUUUUUUUUCCAGCAUAGAAGCAGUUGUUUUUAGAAACACUUGGUGGCCCUGAUAUAUUUUCCUAUCUUUUCCUUACCCCCAUGCUCAUUGUGUCUGGUGGCAAGACACAUAUAGGUCCUCAUCCAGCCAAGUAAACGGGUCUGUGUGUCACACCACAUUUAUACUCUUGGGAAACAGAAAAUGACUAACUAGAUGUUUCCUAGGAGCUAAAACCUAAACAGGUAAAAUAUGAUUAAAAGAUACUUUAAUUAUAUUUGUUCUAAAUGAAUUGUAAAUGGGUACCAUUAACUCUUUUGUUAUUAACUUUGCUUUAAACCACAAUUUCUUGAAUUAUAUUCCAGCAUUAUGUGAGAUUAUGCCACUGCAAUAAAAGAUAGAUUUAUUUGCUGGGUGUACCAAUAAAUGUGUCCUGCACUGUAGGUACUGUAACUCUGUUUUCUUGUCAAUGUAGAUUUAAAUAAGGUAGCACUGCAUGAAGCCUUGCAGCUUUGUUAAUAUCACCAUUUGUUAGGUUUUGGUUAUACGCUGUCAUUGUUCACAUGAAUGUAAAUCCAGGGCUUAAAUGGGGAUUUUGUUCACCUUGAUGAGACAAGUAAAAGCUAUUUAACCCUCGUUACAGAAAAAAAGGAAAAAAUCUUUUUGGUAUUGUAUGAACCAAAUUAAUCUUAAAUAUACUGUAAGUUCCCUGUGUGUUUUCCAGGUAUUGAUACUUUUUUUCUCCUAUUUUAAUCCCUGACUUCUUUUGAAAAUUCUGCAAUCUCACCUAAAAAAAUAAAUCCUAACCUUUUCUUAGCUCAAAUAAUGAUAAUCUUUGAUCUGCCUUAAAACUCAGUUUAGUGAAUGAGGUUGUCUUUUACUUGUAUAGAUAGUUCUUGCUCUUGAAUAAAAGUCAGCCUGGCAGUUUCUAGCUGUGGAUCUUAAAGCCCAAAAGGCCUGCUCCUUGUCCUGACCCUCGUUUGUUUAGCUGACACACGACAUUAUGGAUGGUCUGAGUCAGUGAUGCUACACAAACAGUCUUCUUCUCACCCACAUCUUUUAUACCCCAGCAGUAUUUUUCUUUCAUCUUCUCUGUAAAACAGUAACUGCAAUACUCUAUAUGCUUGGAUACCUGCUACUCCAGAAAAGGAAAAAAAAAAACAACCUCUGAAGCUGGUGCUAUACUGCAAACUCAUCAACAUCCAACUUUUGUUCAACCUGUGUCCUCUUUCUUACUCAAAAAGCUAAGUGGGCAGAUUCAACUGCCCUCCUGAGAAUCUUCUGCUACCUUCAGUGCCAGAUGCAAGUCCUGCCUGCAUUUUUCCACCAGUGAUCCCUUCUUACAUUCCAAAGGGAGGUCAGCAGGUCUGGACAGUUACAGUCUAUGCGUUCCAAAUGUAAACUUCCACUGCAAUUGUACAACAGCAUUUCAUAUAUGAUUAUAUACUUUGUUUGGUUUUUUGUUUUUUAGGCCUCUUUGCAAGGCCUGUUUAUUGCAUUUGAUGUUUGUAUUCAAAAAAAAAAAAAAAACAUAAAGAAAGCUACAUCUUUGUAUUGUUGGUGCCUUGUCGGGCUUGUUUGGCUGGACUUUUUUAGACAGGUUUUUCUUGCUCUGCUUCAUGUGACCAACAACCCAUGUGAAACACUGCCUUCUACUCUGCAGGAGAAUUCCCCAAGAUUACAGUUCCUUGCAUAAGUAUUGAGAUUUUCCACAUUUGUCAUGUUACAACAACAAAAUUCAAGGUAUUCUAUAUGAUAUAUAGAAUACUAUGGUUACGGACAAAGUAGUGCAUAACUGAGUUCAAAAGAAAGAUUUUUCUAAAUCUAGCUUCUAGUACAAAUACAACUACAUGCUUUUUUUUUUUUUUUUUUCAAAAAUAUAGCCUGGAAUCUUUGCCUAUUUUCAAAAUAGCUCAAGCUCAGUCAGAUUUGAUCUAGAACAUCUGGAAUCAUAUUUAUUUAGGAUGUAACACCCUUUUUAAGAAUGUAUUGAGGUCUGAACUUUAAAUUGUUCUUUCUAACACAUGAAUGUGCUUCAAUUUAAAUCAGUGGAUUUUCCUUAAACCCAUUCUAUUUAUAUGUAGGACAAAAAAGUUCUGGUUAUUUAAGUAAAAUAUUCUCCAAGUCUGUUCUGUAUCCUACAUGACUUUAAGCAGGACUUCUUACUUUUUUCUUUUUCAUCCCUUAUAUGUGGGAUGAACAACUAAUGGUUUUAUGAUCACUAAUGGGCCUCUUGGCUGCAUCUGAUUAUUGAUUUUUCUGCCCUCUCAUUGUAGGUGGAUGGCUAUUUCUUGGUAGGUUUGAAUGAACUCUUUAUGAUACAGCUCUGCUCCUUAAUCCUAAUAUUUUCGUUUGAUUAAAAACAUUCUCUAGUAAACCUCUGAGGCCUUUACAGGACAACUGCAUCCAAAAUGAGAUUACAUUGCAUGAAAACUGGCAGGAAGUUAAUUGCACUAGAUUGUAUUCAGGGGGAUCAUUGUAAAUGUCGCUGAAUAAAUAUGCAAACCAAAUAUUUGAUAUACAAAAUAUGAAUUCAUCCAAACUGGAAUUCAAAGUGUUGUAUACGUUACCCAUAUAAAAUUCAAUGAACUGUGUGGUUAUAACAUGACAAAA